CGGCGGUGAGUGCGCAGGCGUGUGUUGUGCUUCUGACGCUGAGUGAAAUGUCUACCGGAUUUCACCUGUCUGUUCAAUGUGGCAACUCUCACUUCAUCUCAGCAAACUUCUGGAGGCAGUAUGUUAUUGAGUCUGGUCAGCGGGAAUUAAAUUUCUCCUGAAUAUGAACAAGGACCUCAUGCGACAAUCGGUGGGUUAUCACGGGCCCGCCUUGUUAUCCCUUUUGAAAAGUGAACAAUACGAGAACCCAGACAUUCAGAGCAUUUCGACCGAGUUCCUGAAAACAGCAAUUCAUCACAGAAAGGCUAGAAGAAGUGAUAAUAUUGCUAUACAGCAAUUUGUUGCAAGAAAAGCAGACCUUCUCUUCGCUCCAACAUGGAAGUCAAUGGCCAGCACUGAUUUGAAUGAUGAAGAGACUGAAGACUAUUACGCAAUUAUGCCUCCUAUAGAGCAGCUGAUGGAAGUUCCAAGUGAUGACAAAAGACAAUACUUUUUCCGUGAUAUAGAACGUGGGGAUAUAGUGAUUGGACGAGUUACAUCCAUCCGUGAUUUCGGGUUCUUUGUAAUGUUGAUCAGCCUUGGAGGAGACCUUGUACGAGACAUUGAAUCAUUGGAAAUAACAGCACUUUGCCCCAUAAGAGAUGUUCCUUCACAUGGCAAACAUGAAGAUCCUAUGUCUUACUUCCAAGUAGGAGAUCUCAUAAGAGCGGCCUUAAAAGAUGUUGAUCGUUACCAUGAAAGGCUUGCAGUAACUUUGCAUCCUUCAGCACUUCCAACUCAUCUUUCUCAUUGGAAAUUAGGUGUCAUCAGUAGGGAGGAUCUUCCUACUUAUUACAGGCGUAAUGCAACUCUGGGCAAUCAUGUUGCUGAAACAUAUGACACAAUUUUACACCAAACACUUGGAUUUGCUAAUCCCUCAACUGUUGAAUAUUUGCUGGGCAAACUUGGAAUUAGUGAAAUUGACUCACCGUCUCUGAUGAGAGGAUUGCAGAGUAAAAAUUUUAUCGGGGAUGAUUAUGCUGCAGCCUUAAGGAAAAAACAGUCGGCAUCUUGGGCAUUAAAGUGUGUCAAGACUGGGGUGGACCAUUUUAAAGCGGGACGCCAUGUUGAUGCUAUGAAUGAGUACAACAAAGCCCUAGAAAUUGACAGUAACAAUGUUGAAGCUCUUGUGGCUCGUGGUGCUCUUUAUGCAACGAAAGGAAGUCUAAGCAAAGCUAUUUCUGAUUUUGAUUUGGCUUUGGAGACGUGCCCAACACACAGGAAUGCAAAGAAAUAUCUCUGUCAAACUCUGGUGGAAAGAGGAGGCCAAUUAGAAGAAGAAGAAAUGCUGACAAAUGCUGAAAAUUGCUAUAAAAAAGCUUUGAAGCUGGAUCAGAGUUUUGGUGAGGCAGAGGAAGCUUUACAGAAAUUAAGAAAGCGCAUGCAGAAAUCAAUUGAAAAGAAAGAAAAGGAAACUAGAGAAGAAGAGAACAAAGUCGAGGUGUCAAGUGCAGAGAAAUUGCGUAAGCUGUUAAAAGAAGAAAAGAGGAUGAAGAAAAGAAGAAAAAGAUCAACUUCUUCAUCUUCAACUGAUUCAUCAGAAUCUUCUUCAUGGUCUUCUACUUCAUCCUCACCUGAACGUUUUAGGAAACACAGAUCAACAAAGAAGCGACGAAGGAAAUGUUCGGAUUCCUCACGCAGUCAGAAGAGGCACUUAAGUAAGAGUUCAUGUGAUGAGAAAAUUCAUCAUUCUCAUAACAAUAAGAAAGAAUGGUAUACGCCUCCAGCUGACACUUCAGCUUCCUUUCUGAAUCAGAAACAGGAAGUAGUAAAGUUGCUGGAGAAAAAUGACAGUUCAGUAGACCACUGGUCAGAUAUCAUGGAGAAAAGAAGGUACUGUUCAAUUUCUUCAUCGUCAUCAUCAGUUGAAGUUUUAGAUCAUCUUAGAGGUAGGUCUGAAGAUAGCAGAGAUUCUUUAUUUAGUUCACGAACUCAUGAUAGCUGUAGCCAAUAUGAUAAAUGGCCCAAAGCAGAUAAAGGCAGAGAAUUGUGUGAAAAAGUAUCAAAUGAGCAAGACAAACUUAGGAAAUGGGUUCAAGAAAGUGAGUUAGGAAAUGAAAGUGAGAGGAAAAAGUAUGAUAAAAAAGAUAGGAAUGAUUCUGGAUGUUCAGGGUUAGAAUAUUCACAUCUGUCAGGUGACAACCGACAUGAAAGGAAAAUGUCCUGGUUGAAUAAUUCUAAUAGUAAAGAUAAAAGAUAUGAUUUUGGAAGAAGUGGAGAUUGUAGACAGGACUACGUACAUGAAGGUGAAACUAGCUACAAGGACUGGAAAGGUGAAAGUGAAAGUAGACAUUACAGGGACAAUAAAAGGGAAAAUUCCAAAGAUGAUACUCUUAAUCAUAAUUCUACUCAAGGAAAGGCAGUGAAAAGUAUGCCUCAAAAUCUGCUGGAAAUAUUUAAUCAGAUUGCAGAGUUCGAGAAAGGAAAAGAACAUAGUGGGAAAUGUAAACAGAAAAAUAAAUAAGUUGCCAUUGUGAUAGAUAUUUCAUAAGUCCAUUGUCUAUUAUCCUUUUGGAAGAAAGAAGAUUGGAUAUGUUUUAAUACAAGUAGGAGCAAUAAAAUCACCUAGUUUUUAAGAUCUUGUAUAAAGCAUGAAGUAUUUGAUUUCUUUGCAUAGAUAUGUUUUCUCAUUUACAAAGUGUUUUCUUAGUCCAUUAUGUAUUCUUUAAGUCGCUUAAUAAUUUCUUUACAUAUUUAUGUUGUCAGCUAUUGCAGUGAUCACUAGGAAAAGGUUAGUAUUUGUUCUAAUUAUACGUCUGCAUGCUUUCCUUUCAGUUGGUUUUAAAUGUGCUAUGUUAGUGUUGAAUUGAAUUCCGGGGUUAGUAUUGUUAAAAUGUAGCUAUUAUGCAAUGCCUGACUGGCAAUGUGGCUUCUAUAAAGUGCAAGAGAUGAGCAAGUCACCUGCAGCUGGGAAUAUUUUUAUAAGGUUAUUGAGCAUUAUCUCAACACAAGCUCUACUGGAAAUUUCCCUAGAAAUUCAAGAAACCAGGUGACAAAUCAAUUUUUGUGGGUAAAAGGUGGGUGAUAUUCUAGGUUAUGAAAGGAAGGUAGGUAAGAUACAUGUAUAUUUGUUAUUGCUUAUUUGUAGAAUUGGGCAGUGUGCGAAAUUGUACUGUGUGUAAUUCAGAUUGGAAUAAUUGGCAUGAUGCACUUUUAAAGCCUACUACUUAUUUGUGUUCAGUUCACUCCAUAAACAUGGGAUAGAGCAAUCUCCAUAAUAGCCUGGCUAUUUAUACUGGGAGGAAUGAAAAGGGAGCUGACAGAAAAAGGAGAGGCAAGUUAAAAGUCAGUACUGUUCCUGCACAUGCUGAUGUCUUAAAUUUUUUGUCACUUUCUAGUAAUGUGCCACUAAUUUUGAUUUUACACCUGUAACGCACUGUAACAUGAAACUAUUUGCUGCAUUCUGUGAAGUAAAUACCUUAAAAUUACUGAACCUUGUAUCAAUAUAUAUACUGCAAAAUAUAUCAACCAUAAUUUAUCAUUAAGUUACAGGUGUAUUUUCAUUGACCUGCAAUGUCACACUUCACUUCAGGUUAAUUAACUUUAUUGUAUUAAAUUAUAACAGUCUUGAGAUGCAGACCAUACUCUGCCAUUGUUAAAAGUUUAUUUGCCAAAAUGGACUGUUAAAUCAAAGAAACACUUAAUGUGUGCUAAUAAUGACAGCCAUAUUAAAAAUAAAUGAUCAAAAUGUC